CCUUUUAACCAGACGCUCGUCCCACUUCCGGCCAUCUCAGGCCUUUUCCGCCCGUGCUUUGCCGGCCUUAUCUUUGCUCUGUAGGUCGUUCCCGGCGCCGGGCCGCGGUCCUUCCGCGCCGCUCGCCUGCACCCAGCGGCUCGCCCCUCCUCCCGAAUCUCUCCGAGGCUCGGAGCCACUCUGCCGUGCGUCUCCGCGGGCCGUCCGGGCUGAGGCCUUGCGCGCGCGGCGAGUCGGUGCAGACCUGACCCCGCGUCUCCCCGCAGCUCCGUUGAGGCCGCCGCCGUCGCCUCGGGAUGCCGGGGCCGGGGUCCGCGCCGCGCUGGGCGGCCGCCGCGGGCCGUUGGGGCUGCAGGCUGCUCGCGCUGCUGCUGCUGGUGCCGGGGCCCGGCGGCGCCUCGGAGAUCACCUUCGAGCUGCCGGACAACGCCAAGCAGUGUUUCUACGAGGACAUCACGCAGGGCACCAAGUGCACCCUCGAGUUCCAGGUGAUUACCGGCGGGCACUAUGAUGUAGACUGUCGAUUAGAAGAUCCCGAUGGUAAUGUGUUAUACAAAGAGAUGAAGAAACAGUACGAUAGCUUUACCUUCACAGCCUCCAAAAACGGGACAUACAAAUUUUGUUUCAGCAAUGAAUUUUCUACUUUCACACACAAAACCGUCUAUUUUGAUUUUCAAGUUGGAGAAGACCCACCUUUGUUUCCUAGCGAGAACCGAGUCAGUGCUCUUACCCAGAUGGAAUCUGCCUGUGUCUCCAUUCACGAGGCUCUCAAGUCUGUCAUCGACUAUCAGACUCAUUUCCGUUUGAGAGAAGCUCAAGGCCGAAGCCGCGCAGAAGACCUAAACACCAGAGUGGCCUACUGGUCCGUAGGAGAAGCCCUCAUUCUCCUGGUGGUUAGCAUAGGGCAGGUCUUUCUCCUGAAAAGCUUUUUCUCAGAUAAAAGAACCACCACGACUCGUGUCGGAUCGUCUGUGCGGAGCAGACACACUGGCGUCGACGGCACCCACGGCCUCCAAGUCAGGGUGUCCCGGGACGUUAAAAAGCAGCAGCAGCAGCGCAGGGAGCAGACCCAGGAAGGUUCCUGGGACCAGCUGCCGCGGGGACACCCUCCGCGGGCCCGCGUCCAAGCGCCUACCGCCAGGAACCUGACCGCGGGACCAGGGUACCCUCCCUCCAGGCGGCGCGCGGGGGCGGUGGGCGUGGGCACCGCGAGGGGCGGGGCCUGCGCGUCGGACCGGGGCAACCUCCGUCACGCCGGCGCGCGGGGACGGUGGGCGUGGGCACGCGAGGGGCGGGGCCUGCGCGCCUUGCCCGGUACCCUCAGACCCGGCGGAUCCCGGGAAGCAGCUGCUGGUGGGUUCGCUCACGCGGGAGAGGAAGACGAGCGAGCCGCGGGGCCGGGCGCUGGCCGCCGCUGUGCAGGCGAGUACCGGGCGCCGGGGCGGGGGGGUGUCGGGGCAGCGGGACUUGGGGCCGGCGGGGCGCGCCUGCGUCCCUCUGCCGUGAGAGUCCGCGCAGCCUUCUGCUUUGCUUCUAGUAACCCUUUGACCAGACAACCUGUUUCUGAGAAAACCUCAGAACAGAGGCAAGUGGCGGAGAAGUUCUGCGCUCCUGGUCCCAUCCUGGGUCUGAUUUCCCUGCUGCUCUGCUGCCCCUCCUCGUCCAGCCCCCCUCUGGCCUCAGCUGUGUCUUCAGCUCUCGGCUCUCCUGCGUAUUCCCAGGUGCUCACGAUUUCAUCUCCGGAGCCCCGGACCUACACGUACCCGGCGGAUCCCGGGAAGCAGCUGCUGGUGGGUUCGCUCACGCGGGAGAGGAAGACGAGCGAGCCGCGGGGCCGGGCGCUGGCCGCCGCUGUGCAGGCGAGUACCGGGCGCCGGGGCGGGGGGGUGUCGGGGCAGCGGGACUUGGGGCCGGCGGGGCGCGCCUGCGUCCCUCUGCCUCUGCCUCGGAUAUUUGUGAUGGGUGUUGGGAAGUCUAAAAUAGACCCCUGCCCUCUCUCUCUGUCCUGGGGAAAGAGUCCCGGGGUGGAAAUGAGUCAGAGACGCCAGGAGUCCGCUUCCAGGAAGCCCGACGACCUCCCCCUGAGCGAUCUGGCCGAGCCUAGCCCCGCGGCCCUGGCGCCCACCGGGGAGGGCGAGGGAGCCGAGGACCGGGGAGACACGUCGGAGGAGGAAGAGGACGAGGUGUUCCUCAAGUUCGUGAUCCUGCACGCGGAGGACGACACUGACGAAGCACUCAGGGUCCAGAAUGUGCUGCAGAAUGACUUCGGCAUCAAGCCCGGGAUCAUCUUUGCCGAGAUGCCCUGCGGCCGGCAGCAUUUGCAGAACUUGGACGACGCCGUGAACGGGUCUGCGUGGACCAUCUUGCUCCUGACCGAGAACUUCCUGAGAGACACCUGGUGCAAGUUCCAGUUCUACACGUCACUCAUGAACUCGGUGAACAGGCAGCACAAGUACAACUCGGUCAUCCCCAUGCGGCCCCUCAACAACCCCCUGCCCCGCGAGAGGACCCCCUUCGCUCUGCGAACCAUCAACGCCCUGGAGGAAGAGAGUCGUGGCUUUCCCACCCAAGUCGAAAGAAUCUUUCAGGAGUCCGUGUAUCAGAUCCAGCAGUCUCUGUGGAAGGAGACGAGAAGCAGCGUGCGCAGGCAGGUCGUCUCCUGAGACGGAGCCCACAGCACGCGCCUGGCUCUGUCCGGCGAAGCCGACCGCUCGUGUCCGCUUGAGAAAGCACCUUUCUGGCAAGAAGUUUACAGAAUUUUACAGGAACCCGGGAGCUCAAGCAAGAUACGUUUCUGCAGGACACUGCGUAGACUUGAGGUGCUUUUCGAUAUUCAGAUGAACUUGAGAUCGUCGAGUUUCAAGAACUUUCGUCUCACGUUGUCCCGGUCCUUGCAUAUCAUGCAGGGUAGCCUUAGCUCAUAUCCCUUGUAUCAGUCCUUGAACUCGGACUUCCUGAGAGUCGUUGUACAAAGACGAUGACACUUCCAUUGUGUUGGCAAAGGACACGCGCGAGAGGAGGUCCCCGGGAGAUCUGACUGCCCUUCCUCGGGAGGCCCCUCUCAGAGAUGUCGCAGCAGAGUGUGACUCCUAGCAUCGCCCAGAAAUACGGAGAGCCCCACGAGAACACUUAGCAUGUUGAGUAAUGAUAAAUACAAAAUUAAAAGCCGAUGUGAGAGUGGUGGGGCGUUUUACAAGAGGCCAAUCAGCUGUGUUUUUCUUUCUGCUGGAAUUGGGGGAUUUGGAGGCAGUGCCACCACAGACUACAUUUGAUGGCAUUGUGGUUAGGGGGCUCCGGGGAGCCGUGUCGUGAGGUCCCCUGGAGCCUCAAGCUCUUGUGACGUCAUCUAACUAGGGCUUUAUGUGCACGGUGUCUGAACGGUGCAUGUGUCCUUGGCUCUGUGUUCGCCAUCAGCUCUCUUACGGCAGCCUUUAAAAAUUCCUCUCACUCGCAGGAAGUAAUUCGCACUCGGUGCCCAGAGCAGCCUGACCGUGUGCGUGCACGUGGGCGUGUGUGUAUGUCGUAGAUUAUUCGCAGAUUUAGGAUGGAAGUAGGAGAUGCGUUCUGUGGCCUCCUCUUCUGUGGCCCACACUCACAGCACGCAGCAGAGGCCCACGCGGCCCUGUUCCUUCCCCUCACGCCCUGCUGCCCCCGCUGCGGCCGAAGGGGAGCCAUCAGGGACAGAUGGGGGGGCGGGUGGGGACACACAGGGUGGAGUGCGGGUCAUGUCAUGUUGUAAGGAGGAAAGCGCCCGGUGAGGGAUCAGGAGACCUGGUUCCUGUCCAGUCUGUGCCGCUGGGGCUCAAUGUGACCUUCCCCUCCUUUAUCUGUGAAAUCAAAGGCUUGAAUUGAUGGAGCUCCAAAGGGCUUUUGUCCUCUCUCAGAAUGUGAACAACUAGGCACCAGAAAAGAGAACAAGCAAAAAAAAAAACAAAAACAAUUUUGUAAUGUGAUGUGUAAUAAGUUGCAAGGAGGCUCGAGCUAGGCUCCUAAUGAGAGGCUAUGCUAAUGUGUUGACAGCAUAAUUGAUUUGCUGUGCUCUCUGUUUCACUUUUAUAGUCCCAACCGAAUUACAAUACUUGCUUACUUGGAUUCUUUUAAAAUACAUUUUUUGUAGGGAUUGUUGAGCAAAGAUGUUCUGCCUGAUUUUUCUCUCUCCUUAUCCUCACCUCUCGGUGUCUCCUCCUAGUCCUGGGGUCUGCUCACAUCUUUCUGCAUCCACCUCUUCAUAGCCGUGACCGAAUGUUCCGCGAGGAACUUUUCCCAGAAUCCUGCGAGUAAGUCAAACCUCCUUCUUUACCGGUACUCCUUGAAGAAGAGAUUGUUUUCAUUGCGCGGUGACAUUUUCUUAAAGUCCCUUUUUGUCAUAGUAUCUCACUACUCCCUUUUCUUUUUCAGUUUAAAUAAUACUUUUUUUUUAAUCAUGUGGCUUCUUUGUAUAUCUCUGAUUUCAUACAGUAAAAAAAAUUAACUAACCCUUCCUGCUUACUACCAACGCGGGAGCUAGGGAUGCUGGAUGGUGUUUUUUAAAUAAAUGUUUUUAUUCAUUACCCUUGACUAUACUUGAUUAUUUCCAGCUCCAGGGAAGACUGUGGAAAAGUAUUUUGAAAAAAAGCCAUUAAUCUGUACUCCUCCAUACAGUACCAGGCACAGUGUCUCCUUCAAUCUGGAGUGAAAUAGAUUUUUUGUGAUGAAGAAAAAUGUGAAGUCCUGAAUAACUGUGUAUGUUGAAAUUAACCGCUGUGAAAAGGAAAAUAACCAAGAUGACAAGAAGUCAAGGUUGUAUGGCCUUAGUUGUAUGUUUGUGUUUGUACACGUAUGUAUAGAUUAGAUUUACACAUGCACACACGUGUGCACACACACACAGGGAAGUUCUAUAGCAUUCUGCCACACGCUGGAGAGCUUCCGUGUGGAGGACUCUCUGGGCCUCAUUGCCCACCUGGCACUUCACACAAGAACCUGGGUUAUGCCUAACAGGUCGGUUAGGAUUCUUCCAGCCGCAGGAAACAGAAAAUCCAACACCACAUGACCCACACCAUAAGGUAACAAGAGGUCCCCUAAGGUUUGGUGUCUCCGAGUUGUCAUUAAAAACCCAAGUUCUUGGGCGCCUGGGUGGCUCAGUUGGUCAAGCAUCCAACUCUUGAUUUCGGCUCAGGUCAUGGUCCCAGGGUCCUGGGAUCGAGUCCUGCGUCGGGCUCCUUGCUCAGCAGGGAGCCUGCUUCUCCCUCUGCCUGCCACUCCCCACUGCUUGUGCAAUCUUCCUCCGUCCAAUAAAUAAAUAAAAUCUUUAAAAACAAACAAACAAAAAAAACCACCCCAAGUUCUUAUAAACAAUGGGAUGUUAUUCUACCUUAAAAAGAAAUAAAAUUCUGAGACAUGCUCCAACAUUAGAUGAACUUGAAAACACGUGAAGUGGGAAAAAAAAACACACACACACAAGCCAAACACAAAUACUAUAUAUAUAUGAUUCUACCCUAUGAGGUACCUGGAUCAGGUGAAUUCAUAGCCAC